UUUUCGCUGCAAUUCUUUCAACUAAGUUUUUUUUUUUUCGUUCAGGUCAGAGCUUCUUCAUACUUCAUUCAUACAAUCUUCUUCUUCUUCUUCUUCAUCUUCAUCUUCUUCUAAACCCCAUCUUCUCUUUCCAUUUACAUGCUUCUAAUCUUCUUUCUUUCUUCUUCAUUCACCCUCUUUCUUCUUCUUCUUCUUCUUCUUCUUCUUCUUCUUCAAUCAAUUCCCUUUCCAACUUCCCCUUUUCUUCAUCCACUUUACUGAUCUCCAUCAUUUUACUUCCAAUUUCCUACUUCCAACUUCACCCCACAUCCCCAAUUGCGCUUAACCGACGAGGGUUUCCUCUAUUUCCUACUCACUUGCAAUUCCCGUCUCUUCCCGUUCUCCUUUCAGGGUUUUGGUUUUCGGAGUAUAGAUCUGGGUUUGCAUUCUUAUGCUUGUUGGCUCUGUUGUUGAUUGAGGAAUCCUUCCAAAUUAAAUGUUACUUAGUCAUUGCUGGAAUUAUGAUUUCAGGCUGCUCUACACCCGCAAUUUUUCUGCUUGGUGCACGUAUUAUGUAUGUAUGUGUGUGUAUAUAUAUUCCCCCAAAUGGUGCGGCCUUUUAGACUUGAUUUGUUCUGAAUGACGUGGAAGUAUAAAUUCUGGGGGAUUUUGUAUUGGUACAAUACCAGAAUUCAGCUUCAAUUGGAGUGACUGGGGGUUUGGAGCUACAGUUUAUAGUGUAUGAACCCAACCGGCCUCUGGAGAAAUGCAACCUCAGCACAGCUCCAGAAUUGAUUUAGGUGACUUGAAAGCUCAGAUAGUUAAAAAACUUGGAAAUGACAGGUCCAAGCGGUACUUCUUUUACUUGAGCAGAUUCUUGGGUCAGAAGCUGAGCAAGGUUGAAUUUGAUAAGGUGUGUGUUCGUGUGCUUGGGAGGGAGAAUAUUCAGCUCCACAAUCAAUUGAUAAGGUCAAUCUUGAAGAAUGCAUGUGUAGCCAAGACCCCACCAUCAAUAAAUGCUUCAGGACAUGCACAAUCUGUCCUACAACCUUCAAACAUCUCGCCUUGCAGGGAUGAUGGCCCUGAACAAACUGGAUCUGCCUUUCCAAAUCAGAAUCAGAGUAUACCAAUUUGGUCAAAUGGAGUUCUUCCAGUAUCCCCACGGAAGGGUAGAUCUGUCUUACGUGGAAAGUUUAGGGAUAGGCCAAGUCCGCUUGGUCCAAAUGGAAAAAUCACAUGUCUUUCGUAUCAAUCAACUGGUACUGAAGAUAGCAACAGCAAAGUUAUUACAGAGAAUGGUAAUGUAACCAUGUGUGACUAUCAGAGACCAGUACAGCAUCUCCAAGCAGUAGCUGAGCUACCUGAAAAUGACAUAGAUGGAGCAGUUCACCGGCCAUCAGAAAAACCGAGGAUACAUCCAACGGAAGCAGCUAUUCUUGAAGAAGGAGAGGAGGUGGAACAGUCAGAUCCCUUAAGCUUCCUGCGAGGUCCUCUACUUCCACCUCUUGGUAUUCCAUUUUGUUCAGCUAGUGUAGGUGGGGCACGCAAGGCCUUGCCAGUCAACAGUAGUGGCAGUAGUGAUUUUCUGAGUUGUUAUGACAGUAUUGGAUUAUCUGAUUCAGGGACAGUGAGAAAACGCAUGGAGCAAAUUGCAACUGCACAAGGGCUUGAAGGUGUUUCUAUGGAAUGUCCUAACAUCCUGAAUAAUACUCUGGAUGUGUACCUGAAGCAAUUGAUAAAGUCUUGCCUUGAGUUGGUGAGAGCAAGGUCUACAUUUGAACAUACGGGGCAUCCGAUCCAGAAGCAACAGAAUCAAGGGAAGGUUGUAAAUGAUAUGUGGCCUACUAACCACCUACGUGUACAGAACAGCAAUGGGAGAUCUGAAGUUUUGCAGGAAAAGAGUUUAGAAUGCUCAGUGUCCUUGCUUGAUUUCAAAGUUGCUAUGGAGCUCAAUCCAAAGCAGCUUGGGGAAGAUUGGCCUUUGUUGUUGGAGAAAAUUUGUAUGCGUGCCUUUGAGGAAUAAGCAGUUGCAAAGGUUUUAUUUAUUCUACAGCCAUCCAAGGCUGGUCUGUUCUGAUCCUUAGGGCUUUAAAUUUUCCUGGGAUGGAUGUCUUCCCCUUCUUCCCUUCUUUCUGGGGUAUACUUGAUCGCUCCCGUUUGGUUCAGGCUCCAAGUUUCCAUGCUAAAAUAUUGUAACAUCAUUGCCUGCUCCAUUGAGGAAGUUGAAUUAACUCAACUAAGAAGGGGGGAGCUUUCAGCCAGAAUGCCCAUAAAAGGUUGUUCUGUUGCAUUUUUAGCAUUCUUCUUGGCUCCAUUUGCCACUACCAUGUAACUUAGCUUUUCAUGUAACUUAUUUUUGAGAGAAUCAAAAAAGUUUUGCAGGGAUACUGUCAUUUUGCUUGUCAGUAAAAUAUUUUCUUCAUUUUUAGCUGAAUAUGUAGAGUCAUAUUAUGAAGUAAACUUCGAAGUAACAAUUGCUGAGUACAAUAUGAACUUCAGAAUCUGUAAUGCACAAGGGAAGGAAUUUAUGAAGCAAUCAAGGUGAAGUGGCGAAGUCCAUAUCAAUAUGACAGUAUCUUUCCUUCUUUACAUAUCAUGUCACAAGCUUUAUUUUGACUCCCAUAAUUGAGGUUUUUUUGGGUUUUUUAUUAUAUAAUAACAAUAUUUUUUUUUCUGGCAGAUGCAAGGUUUGUUUCGGGGAAAAAAAUUAACUAGGGAUAGUUGAGAAUUAAGAUAAUAUGUCUGCUAAGAGCCAAUUUACUCUGUUACUGAUUACAUGUAUUCUACUUCUGUCAACACAAUUGAAUAUACAUUAUUUAUAUGAUGUUGAUUAAGAAAAAA